GAAUCACUACAGAAAAAUUUCCAAAUAUUAAUGAUACAGAGAAUAAUCAGAAUUUACUUCAAAAUAACAAGAAAGAAUUGAAAGAACAAUAUUCUUUGAAAAGAAAAAAAAAUAGAUUUAAAUAAACCACAAAACAAAUCAGCCAACAAGAAGAUGAAGAAAAAGAAAUUAGAAGGCGGUAGCUCUGAGGCAUUGAAUUACAAGGAAGAGGAAGUAAAUGCUGAUGUGUCAGAUAGAAAAGUAGUAAAACGUACAAAAUCAGAAAUUGAGGAUGAUAAUAACGAAGACUCUGAUAGUACUAGUUCAUGGCAUUGUGGGGAUAAGAAGAAAAAGAAAGUAGAUGGUGAUGUUUCAGAUGUACUAAAGAAGAGUUACCCAAUUGACUCAGAGAAUGAUAGUUGGUCAUCUGUCACGGAUUCUUCGGAGGAGGAAAAGGAAAAGGAGAAACAAACGGUUAUGCAUAAAGGUAUAAAAGCAUUCACCGGUGUAAAAUCAAAAAUCAAAUCAGAAAGUAAGGAAGAUAAUAGCGAUUUCAACUCUGAUUUGGAGGAAGAAGAGGAAAAUGAUUCAGAUUCAGAUUCAGAUAUACUUGGGAACCAGUUAGCAUUUGAAUCAGAGGAGGACGAUGAGUAUUUUACAGAAGAAGACGGAGAUGAAGAUUGUGAAGAAGAAGACGUUGAGAAUGAAGAUGUUAAGAAUGAAGACGAUGAGGACGACGACAACGACGACGACAACGACAACGACAACGACAGCGACAGCGACAGCGACAGCGACAACGACAGCGACAACGACAGCGACAACGACAGCGACGACAACGACAACGACAACAACGACGACAACGACAAAGACAAAGAAGACACAGAUAAAAAUACAGACAAAGAUGAAAAUGAUGAAGAGAACAAAAAGUUAGUAGAAAUUGCAAAAGAUAUCUUGAAAGAGGUCGUUGAAGAAAAAUGGCGUAUACCCUUUCCUGACCACUAUGGAAACAUGAAUAGGACAUCUAUUAAAGUUGAUAAUCUUCCCAAGUACAUAACUGAACUGGAAAUAAAAAAUUAUUUCCAAUGGUUUGGUUCCGUUAAAUCCGUAAAACUAAAAUGGUUUGUUCCACACCGUUAUAAUUAUGGUUUACAUCCAUUCGUAGCAGAUAGUGUAAAUCAUCCAUACGUAGUUAACGUUUCAGCGCAGGUUGAGUUUGAUUGUCCACUAGCUGCCGAACAGGCAUUCAGCGUGAAUGGAAGUAUAUUUGCAGGAAAUUACAUAACUAUAUAUUAUAAGGAUAACUUAUUCGCUCUCGUGUUUAAGAAAGAUAGAUGUGUAAUGCUAAGUAAUAUGCCGGAAGAUUUGGAUGUCAACACAAUUUGGAAAAUAUUUGAAAAAUGUGGACAAAUAAGGUGUAUAUUUUUACAUCGUGAUCUCCAAACAGGAAUUAACAAAGGGGAGGGUAUUGUUUAUUUUAUGACCAAAGAAGCUGCGGUUAAGGCUGUAGGACUAACCGGAACUCUGGUUUUUGAUCAUAGAAUAACAGUAAGCCUAACGUUGUCUCCCCAAUUUAUUGAGCGGAUAACUGAACAAACAGAAGCAGUAUACGAGUGCUUGAUAAAAAAUAUGAAAGUAGUGAGAAGUUUAAUAGAAGAUAGAAAAUGGCGGGAAAAGGCACAAAAAAAAUUGGUAGAGACGGAGAAUAAUUUAAAAGAAACUGAAGCACAUAAAGCUAAAAAAUACCCGAUAUAUCAGAAAAAUAAUGGCCUUGAAGAAAAAAAAACCGACUUCAUUCCAAGGUCAAAAAACUAAUAUCAAACGGAAAAAGAAGAACAAGAUACUCAACAAGAAAAAAAAGUAAAUGGCGAAAGAAGAAAACUGGCGUAACUAAAGAAAAUCUUGAGACUGAACGGAAUAAAUUCGUAAAAGUUUAAGUUUAAGUUAACAACGUUAUGAUACAUUUUAUAGUUCGUAGGAUAGAAUUAAGAAAUUUUAUUUUCAAACAUA